AUGCAACGACAUCCUCUCCUUUGCUGCAGCAGGUCUUUGUACACACCCCAUCGGAGACAGCAGCAGCAGCAGCAGCAGCAGCGUGGCAUCAGGGGAGGCUACGAAAACACCAGCAGCAGCAGCAGCAGCAGCAGCAGCAGCAGCAGCAGAAGCAGCAGCAGCAGCAGCAGCAGCGCGAGAGGAGGACGCGACGACCUCAUCUCCUUUGCUGCAGCAGGUCUUUGUACACACCCCAUCGGAGACAGCAGCAGCAGCAGCAGCAGCAGCAGCGGGAGAUGCAGCAGCAGCAGCAGCAGCAGGAGAUGCAGCAGCAGCAAAGGUGUUAUCACUCCCAUCAGGAUCAUCAUCAUCAGCAGCAGCAGCAGCAGCAGCAACAGCAGCAACAGCAGCAGAACGAAGACAGGAGCUGCUAGCAGCAGCAGCAGCAGUGAAGGCAGCAAGCGAGGAGAUGCAGCAGCAGCAAAGGUGUUAUCACUCCCAUCAGCAUCAUCAUCAUCAGCAGCAGCAGCAGCAGCAGCAGCAGCAGCAACAGCAGCAGAACGAAGACAGGAGCUGCUAGCAGCAGCAGCAGCAGUGAAGGCAGCAAGCAGCCCAUUGCUGCAGUUUAUGGUGCUGCUGCAGCGGCAGCUAAUCGCGGAAGUAAAGACAACAGCAGCAGCAACAGAUCUGCUGCAGGCGCUGCUGCUUGCUGCUGUUGUGGGCUCUCUUUAUUAUCAGCAAAUGAAAAACUACACAACAGACACACUGCAUGAAAGACUAGGUCAGCAGCAGCAGCAGCAGCAGCAGCAGCAGCUGCAGCAGCAGCAGCAGCAGCAGUAG